GCGACUCGGGCUUUUCCCGGCUGCCCUCCCCCUCCCCUCUCUCAAUUGUCAGGAAAUGUCUCCAGGAGACGCCGGGUGCGCUGCUCGUUGGAGAGGGGCGGCGGUGCCUGUGUCUGGCAGUUGGCUAGCUGGGGCGCGGUGGCAUCAUGGAGCACAUCCGCACCACCAAGGUUGAACAGGUGAAAUUAUUGGACCGGUUCAGCACAAGCAUCAAGUCGCAGACGGGAACGCUCUAUCUCACAGCAACUCACCUGUUGUUUAUAGACACCAGCCAGAGGGAAACAUGGAUAUUGCACCAUCAUAUUGCUGCUGUGGAGAAACUUGCCUUGACUACUUCAGGCUGCCCCCUGGUGAUCCAGUGCAAGAACUUCAGGAUAGUUCACUUCAUUGUUCCCAGAGAAAGGGACUGUCAUGAUAUUUAUAACUCCUUGCUUCAGCUGUCAAGACCAGUUAGGUACGAUGAACUUUAUGCCUUCUCGUACAACCCAAAGCAAACGGAGGCAGAGCGUGUGCAAGGCUGGCAGCUCAUUGACCUAGCAGAAGACUACAAUCGGAUGGGUGUGCCUAAUUCUGACUGGCAAUUGUCUGAUGCGAAUCGUGAUUAUAAGAUCUGUGAAACCUAUCCGAGAGAGCUUUAUGUUCCCAGGAGUGCAAGCAAGCCCAUAAUUGUUGGCAGUUCUAAGUUCCGGAGCAAAGGAAGGUUCCCUGUGCUGUCAUAUUUUCAUAAAGAUAAUAAGGCUGCCAUUUGCAGAUGUAGUCAGCCUCUCUCGGGAUUCAGUGCCAGGUGCCUGGAGGACGAGCACAUGUUGCAAGCAAUCAGUAAAGCCAAUCCUACCAAUCGCUUUAUGUAUGUUGUGGACACCAGGCCUAAACUGAAUGCAAUGGCAAACAGAGCAGCAGGAAAAGGAUAUGAAAAUGAAGACAACUAUUCUAAUAUUAGAUUCCAGUUUGUUGGUAUUGAAAACAUCCAUGUUAUGAGAUCUAGUCUGCAAAAACUUUUGGAAGUCUGUGGGACAAGAGGCCUAUCGGUCAAUGAUUUUCUGUCUGGUCUGGAGAGCUCUGGAUGGCUUCGGCACAUCAAAGCAGUGUUGGAUGCUGCUAUCUUCUUAGCCAAAGCCAUAGCUUUGGAGAGUGCAAGUGUACUAGUACAUUGCUCUGAUGGCUGGGACCGGACAUCUCAAGUGUGUUCUCUGGGUUCUCUAUUGUUAGAUCCAUUUUAUAGAACAAUUAAAGGAUUCAUGGUUUUGGUAGAAAAAGACUGGAUUGCUUUUGGACAUAAAUUUUCAGAAAGAUGUGGCCAACUGGAUGGAGACCCAAAGGAAAUCUCACCAGUGUUUGCCCAAUUUUUAGAAAGUGUCUGGCAUCUAACAGAGCAGUUUCCACGAGCCUUUGAGUACAACGAAGCUUUUCUCCUCCAGAUCCAUGAACAUGUCCAUUCGUGCCAGUUUGGAAACUUCAUUGGAAACUACCAAAAAGAAAGAGAAGAACUCAGAUUGAAAGAGAAGACUUAUUCACUGUGGCCUUUCCUUCUGAAUGAAUGCAAGAAAUAUCUAAAUCCCAUCUACAAUGAGAAUUUUUCUCAGUCCCUCAUAGUUCUGGAGCCUGACACAACGUCCUUUAAUUUUAAGUUUUGGAGAAACAUGUAUCAUCAGUUUGAUCAUACAAUGCAUCCCAGGCAAUCUCUAUUCAACCAUGUCAUGAGCAUGAGUGAACAAAAUAAACUGCUAGAGAAAGACGUUAAGGAAAUGGAAGCAAAAUUAGGGCGUCAUGUAAAGGACCUGGAUGCAGUCUUCACCAAGGAACCUCUGCGGUCUGUUCAUCCUGUGGCAGCAGUACUUAAUUCGUCCCAGUUCUUUAAGAAGGAGCAACCUCUGUUGCAUGGGAAUGACUGUAUCCGAACGAUAGAGGGCUCCAAUGCAGCAGAUAAUCGGUACAGCGAGUACAUGGAAGAGCUGUCAAAAGCAGAGCCUGGCGUCGUCAGCCUGGAAUACGGAGUGGCAAAAAUGACUUGUUAAAUGUCACAAGGAGUAGUGCUGUCCCCCUUUCUGAAAAGACUGGAGUCCAAGGCCGGGCAUUGUGAGGCUGUCUCUUGCUGCACGACCGAAACCGGAUGCAUGUAACGGAGAGCCUCCUGAACACAGACGAGAGCCGCUCCCCCGUUCAUUUCGGAAAUGGUUGCUGUUCUCAAAGUGAUUGAAUUUAGUGCUCUUGAAAGAAAUGUGGGGUGUUUGGUAAUCUUUCUGUGACUUAAAAAAACAGAGGAAUGGAACUGGUGUGUCUUUUGAACUACAACAAACAAUAGUUUGCACUUGGUGACUUGGAAUGUUGUUGUGUUAAUGUGUUUAUUGCCAAAUGGUUUGUGGUCUUUGAAGCGCUACAUCUAGCAGACAAGCUACUUAACUGGGACAGCUGAAAGUAUAUAAUGUACAGUGUAUGCAUACUCCUAUUUAAUCUGUUACUCAUUACUAAUGUUUGUCUCAGAUGCCAUCCAAAGUACUGUAUAUCAAGCCAGGAAGAGUUGGCCUUAGGUUUUUCAGACUGCUCUGUUUUCCUUGAGAGCAUUGGACUGUGUGAUACCGCGUAGUAUUCACAGUGACUUUGACAUUAUUCUCCUUCUCCAAAAUAAUAACAUAAGGUUUGCGGAUAGAUGAGAGGCGCUCAGCAAAUUCCAUCUAUGGACAUGUUAGUUUGCUUCAGUAACUGUGGAAUUCUAAUCUCUUUUAAUGCCUUAAAAAAAAAAAAAUCAGGAAAACUGGUUACCUAGGGGGUUAAUGGAUUGAAAUUGCAUUUCUGAGGUUAUGAAUCUUCUGCACAAUUCAUGUCUGGUUAGUUGAACGACAAUUUAGGAUAAGACUUAUCUCAUUGUUUGCAAGGAGACUAUGUGUAUCCAUGCAAAGGUCUAAGCCACUGUGGAAGGAGGAUGCUGAUUUCAGUGAAAACAAAGGCUAUGCUUGAUUGACAGACUUUUUGCAAACAUUCUAGGACACGGAUGGGCAAAUUUGAUCCUCCAGCUGUUGUUGAACUACAACUUCCAUCAUCCCCAGCCACAGCUGAAGGGCCAGGUUUGCCCAUCCCUGUUCUAGGAGCAGCACAUGUUUUUACAGCUUUUGAACAAACUGGUGGUGGUCUAUGUGAUUUUUGUUUUUGCAAAUACGUUUUUAAAAGGAGCAGCUUAGUUUGGGGGGAAAUAAAGAAGCUUGAUUUUAAUUGGUAGAAACACCACAUUAAAUCUACAACUAAAUCAUGUUGGAUGAUUUAAGGAAGCAGCCACUCUUGCUUUGGAAUUAAAAGAGAAAUAAGCACCAAGUUUAAAGGCCAUCUGGCUAAAGCCACUUGCUUUGAAAAACCUGUUAAUAUUCACACACCCUGGAUACAGUAUAAACCACCUGGGACCAAACUGAUAUCUAGUUAACAAGACUUAGUUAGGAGGAUUAUAUUGCAAAUCUCAUAUAGGUGAAUCAAAUAUGCCCCUUGAUAUCUUUCUUUUCUGCUUCACCAGAGAAGAGAAUGGGUAUGCUUCCAGUGUAUGAUCCUGCCCCUGUUUGCUUUUCCCAAUUUGUUUUUAUUGUCCAGAUGAAAGAAAGGAAAUGAGCUUUAAGGGCUCAGAUUAUAAACACACACACCUUAGAGUAUUAAACUCCCUAGGUGGUGUAAUAGGCUAAUUUGUACCUGAGGGAUCAAAUGCUUAUUUGUCUCUGAGUGGAAAUUAGUUUAGACUCAUUCUAAUCCCUGAAGGCCCUUUAAUCAAAACUGCCAACACACCACACGAAACUUGACACAGUUGGCCAUGCCUCCCUCUGCCCUAGUUGAGAUCCAGGCUAUAAAAACAAGGGCAACACAGGUCAUGAUCGAAGGGCACUAGCAAAGCUGUAUAGGAAAAACUGCAGCUGUGUCUAGCCAGAUUGUUUUAAGGGGUUGUCCAUUUUGCUUUAUUGCAUGUAUAAAGAGGGGAGCAAAUUGAAGGCUUGCAUUUUUCACUGUUGUCUUGGUGAUGUACUUGUCCAUGGAAGUUGGGUGGGAGGGGAAAACGGGACUCAGGAGUAAAUGUAAUGGAGCCUAUGUGAUUGUAUGUUCUCAUGUUUCCUGCCAUUUUAGUCAUGGUAUGGAUUUUGCAUUUAUACUGGUUUUGGAAAGUAUGAGGACAGAGAAAUAUGUGCCUUUUGGUUGCUUCUCCCUGUAGUUUUCUGCUGUGGAUAAAUACUCUCCUAUGUUACCUGAAACACUGAAAAUACAAAACUAAAUGUUAUCGUA